AUGGAAUGGUGCUUUUACCUGUACGGAAACUCGCAAGAUCUCUACCCCGAAUAUCAACCUGCUUGGAAUAGCACAGAGGCUGGGGUUAUCGGCGUCCGCCCCAAGACUGUCCUCGGGAUCAUUGGCUGGCUGAGGGAUCGGCUAGUCUCGGACAGAAACUCGGGGCGCAUUGCGUCGUGGGACAAGCCAGUCCCCUACUACCUCGAAACCAUGGAUAUCUCAAGCCAUGCGUCUCCUCGAAGCCUGCCUAACCCGCAGAACCCAGCACCCCUCGCUCUGUCCGAUUUCAUUGCGCAGACAGCGCCAUGCUCGGAUGUGACAGGCCCUACGGACGAGCCGGCGAUGUCCCGAUCUGCGACGAGGCCAUCAGGACCAGCAGACGAGCCCAAGCAGGCCCCAGUACGAGAUGAAGCACGAGUGAAGACACCACAACAGCCACCGCACGAGAUACAGCCCCAGGAAACAAAAGCACCGUCGUCAGCUCAGGAAGAAGACUCUCCACCGCCCACCGACUGGCUAGCAACCCGGCAGCAGCUCCUCUCACGAAGGAGUCAAGGUAAAAAGGCAGACUGGAUUCGCGGCUGGAGCCAAGCAGUCAGCAGUCACGGCGAUGAGACGUACUGCGCCUGCUCCAGAUCCAUCGAGAACGGUGCCGCGAACCACCGUGGUCGAAAGGCCAAAACUAGUGUCCAGCUGGCCGACAAUGUGCGUGCCAUUCUCCAACGAGCAGGUUCCCCUUCCUCAAACAGCAAAAGCAAGCUCGCCACUCCGUCCACACCAGAACCCCGAGAAGUGUGCCCCUACUGCAGUCGGCCCCCCUCUCCGCCACCCAGCUCGACUGCCGGCGGCCGCGGCAACUCCUCCAGCCGCGCAAGCUCCAAGCUGCACUCCCCAGGCAGCGCAGCCCGCGCCGUAGGCAAGCGCUUCAGCCGGUUGCUUAUGCGCGUGCGCUGGCUGUCGUCCUCCCCACGCGCGAGCAAGAGCGCUACUGCGGCGGCGGCAGCACGCAACGCGCGCAACCCAGGAAUCUGCUGCAGCAGCAGCGACAAUGUUGUCUGGCCAGAGAACUGCCAGCCACUCUGGGUGACCACGCGGCAAGGGCAGAGCCGGUGUCUUGCCAGGCCAGCUAGCCAGCCUCUGUCAGCACCUGUCCAGGAAAUGGGGGUGGGGAUUAUGGGGACACCGCAGAAGUCGAGAGGUUUGAUGAUGAGGAGACCGCGGCCGCUGCGUGAAGGGGGGUAUUUUGCGAGGCGGCGACGGUCCUGGGCCAGGAUAUUGCCCGAUAUAAGCAUACGGGGCGCCGGGGCACGGAGAAGGUUAGAAGCGCCGCUGUCGCCGUCGACGUCGUCGUCGUCAUUGUCUGACCUGGCUGGGGUACUCGAAUCGAACGGCGAUCUGGCGAGACCCGGGCUGUCGAGGAGUAUGUCCCGGCUCCAAAGGGCUGCCGCGCUCCUUCAGCGGACCACCGCGAGGUCGAAGGAUUAGGGAGCUGGUCUGGUUGCGGCGUCGGUUGGUCGCCUCGUUGCGCUCGCAGGAGCGCGGGGUGGGGGGGCAUCGCUCCUGAGCAGGACUCGGGGUACUCGGUCGAAGCGCUUGCUCGAGAUGCCAUUGGGGUGCUGCCUGGUCAAACAGCUGUAGAGAGCAACGUACCCCCACUUCGGUAGACCCCUUUAAGCGACGUAGGAAGGCGGACGACCACAAGCCGGGGGAAUCAGACCAACAUUGGAUGAUCACGAUUUGCGUUGGAUCCUACGGGAUAGGAUACCAUCAAGGCCCUGCCAAGGAACUUUGGAGAGGACGCAUAUACGACACUAACGGCACGUUUCCCAGUUUCUUGCUGUACGCUGAGGCUAGCUCGAUGAGGCAGCUCAACCCCGACGACACGAGACUUACGAUCAGAGCAGCAGACGCCGGUAAUCGAUAUCAUUGCUAGC